AUGUUUUUCACUCUUUUUAUUCUUUUAUUAUUCAGCUCAUGUGUUGUAUCUUUUUCCCCUCUUUUUGUUCUUUAUCUCUUUUCCUCCUCUUCUCCUAGUCUCUUUUUUUCUCAAACUGCUAACAAUCCUUUUUCUCCCUCUUUUUACAUUCUAUCCAAAUACCUGCUUUUUCACUUUCUUUUUUUCUUUAUUCUAUUUCAUUUACUAUCUAAAUUUCUCUCUUUUUCAAUUCUCUUUUCUUUCUUCUCCUUACAUCUUCUACUUGAUAACUUUUAUUUCUUUAGCAUGGUUUUUUUUCCAACUGCAAUUGCCUUCUUUUUUCUUUGUUUACCUUUUUCCUCCUCUUUUAGAUUUUAUUCAAUCUGUAAUUUUCUACCAUUUACAUAUUCUCUUAUACACAUUCUUAUAACCUCAUUCACAGAGUUUAUGUCUCAUGGAUUGGAAAUCUAUAGUAAGACAGAAAAUCUAUAA